GUCCGCAGUCUGCUCAGAGUCAACAGAACCCACAGUGAAAGUGAUGCCUCUUCUCCGUUUGCACAAAAUGACUGUGAGGUGGUUAGCCAGACCAGGAGCUCAACCUCACGAAGAGUCCAGCCUACUGCUCUGAUGCAGAAGGGGAGGCAGAAAGUGCCACACUUGGAUGCCCCCCUGGGGCUGCCCACCUGUCUCUGGCUGGAAUUAGCUGGGCUCUUCUUACUGGUUCCCUGGGUCAUGGGCCUGCCAGGGACAGGUGGGCCUGAGGCCCAGACCCCAGGGGGGCUAAGCUGGGCUGUGCAUCUGGACAGCCUAGAAGGCAAGGGGGAGGAAGAGACUCUGGAGCAGAAGGCAGAUGCCUUGGCCCAGGCAGCAGGACUGGUGAAUGCUGGACGCAUCGGGGAGCUCCAGGGGCACUACCUCUUUGUCCAGCCAGCUGGACUCAGGCUGGACCAGCAGGUAGAGGCCAUCCGGCAGCAGGCAGAGGCCAUGUUAGCCAGGCAUGAAGGUGUGCGCUGGCACGCAGAGCAGAAGCUACUAAAGCGAGCCAAGCGCAGCGUCCACUUCAAUGACCCCAAGUACCCACAGCAGUGGCACCUGAAUAACAGGCAGAGCCCCGGCAGGGACAUCAACGUGACAGGUGUAUGGGAACACAACGUAACUGGGCGAGGGGUGACUGUGGUGGUAGUGGAUGAUGGAGUGGAACACACCAUCCAGGAUAUCGCACCCAACUAUAGCCCUGAGGGCAGCUAUGACCUCAACUCUAAUGACCCUGACCCCAUGCCCCACCCGGAUGUGGAGAAUGGCAACCAUCAUGGCACUCGAUGUGCGGGAGAGAUUGCUGCUGUGCCUAACAACAGCUUCUGUGCAGUGGGAGUGGCAUAUGGGAGCCGCAUAGCAGGUAUCCGGUUACUAGAUGGACCCCUCACAGACAGCAUGGAGGCCGUGGCAUUCAACAAGCACUAUCAGAUCAAUGACAUCUACAGUUGCAGCUGGGGACCAGAUGAUGAUGGGAAGACAGUGGAUGGCCCUCAUCAGCUUGGAAAGGCUGCCUUGCAACACGGGGUGGUCGCUGGCCGUCAGGGCUUUGGGAGCAUCUUUGUGGUAGCCAGUGGCAAUGGGGGCCAGCACAAUGACAACUGCAACUACGAUGGCUACGCCAACUCCAUCUACACGGUCACCAUAGGUGCUGUGGAUGAGGAGGGACGAAUGCCUUUCUAUGCAGAGGAGUGUGCGUCCAUGCUGGCGGUCACCUUCAGUGGUGGGGACAAGAUGCUCCGGAGCAUCGUGACCACAGACUGGGACCUUCAGAAGGGCACAGGCUGCACUGAGGGCCACACAGGGACCUCAGCCGCAGCCCCUCUGGCAGCUGGCAUGAUAGCCCUCAUGCUGCAGGUGCGGCCCUGCCUCACGUGGCGCGAUGUCCAGCACAUCAUUGUCUUCACAGCCAUCCAGUACAAGGAUCUCCAUGCGGAUUGGGUCACCAAUGAGGCAGGCUUCAGCCACAGCCACCAGCAUGGAUUUGGCCUGCUCAAUGCUUGGAGACUCGUCAAUGCAGCCAAGAUCUGGACAUCUGUCCCUUACUUAGCUUCCUACGCUAGCCCCAUGUUGAAAGAGAACAAGGCUAUCCCACUGUCCCCCCACUCCCUGGAGGUACUGUGGAAUGUCAGCAGGAUGGACCUGGAGGUGUCGGGGCUGAGGACCCUGGAGCAUGUGGCAGUGACAGUCUCCAUCACUCACCCGCGACGUGGCAGCUUGGAGCUGAAACUCUUUUGCCCCAGUGGCAUGAUGUCCCUUAUCGGCGCCCCCCGCAGCAUGGACUCGGACCCCAACGGCUUCGACGACUGGACCUUCUCCACUGUGCGGUGCUGGGGGGAAAGGGCGAGAGGGUCCUACAGACUCGUUGUCAGGGAUGUAGGAGAUGAGCCGGUGCAGGCUGGCACCCUCCGGCAGUGGCAGCUGAUCCUGUAUGGCUCUGCGUGGAGUCCGGUGGACAUCAGAGACAGACAGAGACUAAUAGAAGAUGCCAUGAGUGGGAAAUACCUGCAUGAGGGCUUCACUCUGCCCUGCCCUCCUGGGCUCAAAAUUCCUGAGGAAGACGGCUAUACCAUCACCCCUAACACCCUCAAGACCCUGGUGCUGGUCGGCUGUUUUACCGUCUUCUGGACUGUUUACUAUAUGCUAGAAGUGUACCUGAGCCAGAGGCAUGUGGCCUCUCACCCAGUUUGUAGGAGUCGACCCUACCACUGGCCCCAAAGAAGCCGAAAAGCCAGGGAGGAGGACACAGAACUGGAAUCAGCGCCACUUUGCAACAGCAAGGAUCCAGGUGGAGUGGAGAUGGAGGGUGCAGGCCCUCCCACCACCGAUGGUCCCCUGGCCACAGACAUGCAGCGGAGGGAGGAGCAGGUCUGCUGACCCCGGCCUCACAGACCUAGCUGGGGCGGCUCCUCUUCCCACCCCACCCACCCACUCCCCCUGCGGGGAGCUGGAAGAGGUGUUCCUGAUGCUCAUGUCUGCAACGCAGAGGCUAAGGAGCAUCUUCUGACUGCUCAGGGAGGCCAAGGCUUUCUAAGGCACGCGUGGCAGAGGAGUGGUGCCAGAGAACAGUGUGGGAGCAGCCACAGGACCUUCCUCAAACCCCACAGCUUUGGGUGAGGGGCCUCGGACAAGGGACUGGCGUCCCUUGCUGGGUAGACUCCAUCCUCACUUCUCCUGGGCAGGCCAGUGAUGUCUGCCUGUGCCUGGCUGAGAACGUGCCUGUGUGGCCAGAGGAGCCUCUCAGCAGAAACAUCACUGGAGUCACUGGGAAGAGAGCUCAGAGGUGCGGGCUGAGAAGGGCCCCAGGUAUGCCUGUUCUAAUGACCCAGGACCCCAAAGCAGCAGACUUUUCCUCUCCUUACCUUCCUGCCUAAGCCGUGGACCUUGGACGUACUGGUAUGGCCGCCAGCCCUCAGCCCAGCACACGGCGCUACGAGCCGUUGCUUCCAUUCUCCCUAAUUGGGAGCCAGCCAUGAACACAGCCACUCACCAUCACCCCCUUCCUCCUGAAGGGUCAGGACAAAGCUCCUGCAAAGCUGGGGGUGGGCCUGGCCCAGGGCUGUGCUGCUGCACCAGGAGCCUGCGCAGGACUAUGACAGGCGCCAGUCACUGCUGCCCAGCCCUGGACCACCCUCCUUCCUCUGAAAAGUGCUCAGGGAAACGGCCUCCCCACCGGAGGCCAGCUGUCUGCACCGCAGGCUGACUCUCUCCUUCCAUUCUUGGCCUCCUCCCCUCUUGUGAGCUGGUUGGUUGAUUUGGACUUUUUUUUUAACACUUAAGAUUUGGUUUUCUCUUUUCACAGCAACUUUUGUUGAAUUUUUCCUGCACAGCUUUUCCAAAAUAAAAUCCUUCCACACAA